ACAAAUGCUAUAGGGGCCAUGGAUCAAUAACAUUGUGCGAACUAUUAAAUGAAUCGAUGUACAACAAAGUGAAGAUAAAUUAUUUACUUUAUCUUUGCAUGGCGAAUCUGCUCUCUCCAUCGCAUACGAAACACGAAACAAAUAAAUAAUAAAUUGUUCCAUCAGUUGGAAAGCACAUUACUCCAGUGAGCGACACAAACGCACGAGACUGAGACGCUGGACUGCCCGCUUCAUCUCCUCCCCGCUCUCUGCGCACACUUUCUCGCGGCACUGACCGGGAGGACUUUGAGAGAGAGAGAGAGAGAGAGAGAGAGAGAGAGAGAGAGAGAGAGAGAGAGAGAGACUGACAACCUACCUGCUCAAUCGGAAUACGGAAAACACAGUAGCGCGCGCGUACUACUGAGCAACAAGAUUAUAACCAGCAAGAACAAGGAAAAGGAAUUUGAAAGAGUUCCAACGGGAAUUGAUGUAAUCUAAAUAACGUCGUUAACCAAACAGAUACUGAAGGGGAAACUCAACAACCAUGUAUCUUAACAGGGAAGAGGAGAACAGCAAAGGCUCAGUGUCUCUCAGCGUAUUCCUGGUGUCUCUGGCGGUGACGGUUUGCGCCGUGUGGCUGGUGGCUCUCUGCGGCGUGUGCGGCUGGUGCCAGCGCAAACUGGGGAAGAGAAAUAAGCCCGGAGUGGAGACAGCAGGCACUCCGGACUCUGCACGCGGCCGGGGGGAGAAGAAAGCAAUCAAUGAUCUAGACAGAGACUUUUGGAAUAACAAUGACAGCAGCACAGUGCAGCAGAAAUGGAGCUCCUAUCCACCCAAGGAGUUUGUACUAAACAUUUCUCCCUAUGCCCCUUACGGAGAUCCUCGCCUUACACUCAAUGAGGGGAAGAUGGUGGUCCUCUCUCUGGCAAUCGGGCUGGCAGAGCAGGACGACUUCGCCAACAUCCCCGACCUGCAGGAGGUGCCAGCCAGCCACGAAAACCCGCCAGACAAGAGGGCCGGGGGCAACAAGCCGGGCAACAGCCCCAAGGGCCACCCCCCCGAAGAGGGCGACCGGCGGAACGACGGCCACUCCUCCGUCUCCGACCUGGCCAACUCCCUCACCAGCGAGAUGCUGAUGUUGUCUCCAGGCUCGGAGGAGGACGACCACGAAGGCCACGUGUGCGAGAAGCUGGGGCGCAUCCAGUUCAGCGUGGGCUACAACUUCCAGGAGUCCACCCUCACCGUCAAGAUCCUGAAGGGCCAGGACCUGCCCGCCAAGGACUUCUCGGGAACCUCCGACCCCUUCGUCAAGAUCUACCUGCUGCCCGACAAGAAGCACAAGCUGGAGACCAAGGUCAAGCGGAAGAACCUCAACCCCCACUGGAACGAGACCUUCCUCUUCGAAGGGUUCCCGUACGAGAAGGUGGUCCAGCGGACGCUCUACCUGCAGGUGCUGGACUACGACCGCUUCAGCCGCAACGACCCCAUCGGGGAGGUCUCCAUCCCCCUCAACAAGGUGGACCUGGCGCACAUGCAGACCUUCUGGAAGGAGCUCAAACCAUGCAGCGAUGGCAGCGGGAGUCGAGGAGACCUGCUCGUGUCCCUGUGCUACAACCCCACGGCCAACACCAUCACUGUGAGCAUCAUCAAAGCGCGGAACCUCAAAGCCAUGGACAUCGGGGGCACCUCAGACCCCUAUGUGAAGGUGUGGCUGAUGCACAAGGACAAGCGUGUGGAGAAGAAGAAGACGGUGACGAUGAAGCGAUGCCUGAACCCUGUCUUUAACGAGUCCUUCCCCUUCGACGUCCCCGCCCACGUGCUGAGAGAGACUACGAUCAUCAUCACUGUCAUGGACAAGGACAGGCUGAGUCGCAAUGAUGUCAUCGGCAAGAUCUACCUAUCAUGGAAAAGUGGCCCUGCGGAAGUAAAGCACUGGAAGGACAUGAUUGGGCGCCCGCGCACUGCAGUCGCCCAAUGGCACGCCCUCAAGGCCUGAUUGCCCCGCCCACCGCCCCCUUCCCCUACGUUUAAGGCCACUUCCCCCUCCCUCCCUCCCUCCCAAAAAAAACCUGUCCUUAUGCACAAGACUGACUCGCUGCCAGGCUGCGAAACACGGGUACAAUUAGCCAUCCAUAGGACUCUUUUAAGCCCCAUUGGUCCUCUUCUGUUUUUCUCACUGCGUCCCUCUCUCUUUUCCCGCUCUCUUCCCUGUCUCUGUCUGUUUGUCGAUUCUCCCUCCCGCCAAUAGUCCCCCUGUUUCUGACUGUCUGUCUGUCUGUCUGUCUGCCCUUCUGCGCUUGUACCCGCCCUUUGUUCUGGCCCCUCCCUUCUGUGACGUUCUUGGAGUACAUUGUGGGCGGAGCCAAUUAAUCCUUUACAAGUCUAAAAUUGGACCUGGAGUAAAUGGCAUAGUCACGUUAAAGCUAACUGACCAAUCCAAUCUGACAUCUUUGUUAAGUUGUGGCCCCUCCAGGAAGAGGCUCUGUCUCUUGCUAUAUUCAUGGAUCCGCGGGUCCGCCUCUCAUUUCCAAAU